GCGGAGGGCAAGCAGCUGGUGCCCGUGGCGGCGGCGGCGUCGAACGGGGCGAAUGGCGCGCUGGCGGUGCGCAAGGCGCCGUCCAAGGACCGGCACAGCAAGGUGGACGGCCGGGGGCGGCGCAUCCGGAUGCCCAUCAUCUGCGCGGCGCGGGUGUUCCAGCUCACCCGCGAGCUGGGGCACAAGUCCGACGGCCAGACCAUCGAGUGGCUGCUCCGCCAGGCCGAGCCCUCCAUCAUCGCCGCCACCGGCUCCGGCACCACGCCGGCCUCCUUCUCCACCUCCUCGCCCUCCUCGCUCCGCCCCCCCGGCGCCCCCCACCCGCACCCCCACGCGCACGCCCAACCGCUCGCCGUCUCCCCGCACCACCACCUGCCGCACGCCGCGCCCUUCAUCCUCGGCAAGCGCGUCCGGGACGACGACGGCGGCGGCGGCAACGGCAACGGCGAGGCGGCGGCGGUCACCGCGGCCAUGGCCCCGGCGCCGGGGUUCUGGGCGCUGCCCGCGCGGGGCGACUUCGGGCAGCUGUGGAGCUUCGCGCCGCCGCCGGAGAUGAUGGUGGCGGCGCCGGCGAUGGCGGGCGAGGCCUCCGCCGCCCGGGUCGGCAACUACCUGCCCAUGGCGCAGGCCAACCUGAACCUGCUCGCCUCCUUCUCCGGCGGCCCCGGCGGCGCCGGCCAGGCCACCGGGCGGGCCGAGGAGGAGACCGCCCACUGACCUUCGCCGGCGGCGGCUGUGCAGGCAGGGUUUUAGGCAGGGCUAGGGUUUCUUCCCCUUCGGCGCGGAUUGCUUCCUUUUGGGGUCAAUUUCUGUGGUUCCUCCGGCAAAGAGGAACAAGAAUUACUGAAAGUGUUCAUCAGACAAGGUGGUGCUGGUGGCGUCAGUCAAAAAUUCAGUGCGAAUUAUGCUUGCUCCUCUGCUCUCUCUCUAGUCUCUUCUUCUCAGUUAAGUUCAGUUAGGUCAGGUCAGUUCAGGUCAAUUGGGUCUAAAUUUCUGCGGGCAGCAACAGCAAUUCUUGCUCCUUUUUUCAUGUAAAAAUCAAUCAUCAUGGGUCCAGGUCGUGUGGGUUCCUAUUACUUUCUAGCCAGUCAGUCAGUGAGUGCAGUGGUGCUGCUGUCAAAUGUAGUUUGCUUUGUGCUGCUGAUUCCAAGAGAGUAAGAAGAAGAAGAAAAGGCUUGCCCAAUUUGCAAAAUGUUCACAAUUCUGCAUCAAGAUUAAGGACAAAGCAAGCAUGGCCAUUUGUAAGUUGUUCAACCUCUGUUCCUCUGCUCUGUUUCUUAGGUCUUCUUUUUUCAGAUUUUUCUUCAUUUCUUUUGUUCUCUGGAUUGAAUUAGUGCUUGGUGAGAAUAAUAACUGUUGGUAGCUCCCAGCUCGUGUGUGUAUCUAUCUUUUGAUGGUUUGAUGGGUGUGUCAA